AGGGUGUGGCCGGGGCUGCACUCCGCCUGGCAGGGCCGGCCUGGUGAGGUGGGCGGUGGCAAGGAGGUGUUUUCUGGGAUCAGGGAAAAGCUGGCACCCCCCGCCCCCCAGGAGCAGCAGUGCCUUGGACCAGCCCAGGCUGCUGUGAGGAGGAGCAACGGAGGUCUAGAGGCUGCACAUCGGGGCUGGACCCCCACCCCCACACCCCGGGGCCUGGAGCCCUGAGCAGAGCAGCCUGAGGGGCCCGACCAGAGAGCUGACCGAGCCACCAGAGAGGCGCCAGCCCUGGCGGGCCCCCUCCCCAAGCCUGGUACAGACUCCAGAGAGCAGCACUGCCCCACCCCCAGUGGGGCUGCCCUGGGCCACGUGGCCAUGCAAAUGACCAGCCAGGCUUCCCUGGAGGCCGGGCCUCCCAGGGCCGGCCAGAGCUUCCUGCCUGAGAGAUGACUAAUGCCUCAGGGCUCAUGGGAACAGCCCGCGGCCCCCUGGUGUCAGCAACCUGGCCACAGCCCGGCCCCCCUCCCGCCAUGCCCGCCGUGCCCUCCGCGUCCUCCGUGCCCGGCGGGCCACAGAUGGACCCCAUUGGGAACAGCUCCCAGGGCGCCUCCCGCCUCUUCCUCACCACUGCGUUGGCCCGUGGCGUCUCAGGGGUCUUCGUGUGGACUGCCCUGGUGCUCACCUGCCACCAGAUCUACCUGCACCUGCGCUCCUACACGGUUCCCAACGAGCAGCGCUACAUCAUUCGCCUGCUCCUUAUCGUGCCCGUCUACGCCUUCGACUCCUGGCUCAGCCUCCUCCUCCUGGGGGGCCACCAGCACUACAUCUACUUGGACUCAGUGCGUGACUGCUAUGAAGCUUUUGUCAUCUAUAGCUUCCUAAGCCUCUGCUUCCAGUACCUGGGGGGCGAGAGCGCCAUCAUGGCAGAGAUCCGGGGAAAGCCCAUCCGGUCCAGCUGCGUCUAUGGCACCUGCUGCCUGCACAGCAUGUCUUACUCCAUUGGCUUCCUGCGAUUCUGCAAGCAGGCCACACUGCAGUUUUGUAUCGUGAAGCCGGUCAUGGCCUUGGUCACCAUCGUCCUGCAGGCAUUCGGCAAAUACCAUGACGGGGACUUCAACAUCCACAGUGGCUACCUCUACGUCACCCUCAUCUACAAUGUCUCCGUCAGCCUGGCCCUCUACGCCCUGUUCCUUUUCUACUUCGCCACCAGGGAGCUCCUGCAGCCCUUUGAGCCUGUCCUCAAGUUCUUCACCAUCAAGGCGGUCAUCUUCCUCUCUUUCUGGCAGGGGAUGUUGCUGGCCAUCCUGGAGAAGUGUGGGGUCAUCCCUGAGGUCCAGGUCAUCGAUGGGAGCAAGUUCGGGGCUGGCACGCUGGCCGCUGGCUACCAGAAUUUCAUCAUCUGCAUUGAGAUGCUGUUUGCCUCCAUUGCCCUGCGCUAUGCUUUCAGCUGCCAGGUGUACGCAGAGAAGAAAGAGAACUCACCAGCCCCCGAGGCACCCAUGCACAGCAUCUCCAGCGGCCUCAAAGAGACCAUGAGCCCACAGGACAUUGUGCAGGACGCCGUCCACAACUUCUCGCCGACCUACCAGCACUACACCCAGCAGGCCACACAUGAGGCCCCAAGCCCUGGCGCCCACCCCAGUGCAGCCAGUGGCCCCGGGGGGAUCCGGAAGAGUCGGAACAUGGAGAAGCGGAUGCUGAUCCCCGCGGAGGAGCUGUAGGAGGGCCACAGGUCACUGGACACCUGGCUGCCACCUGUCUGCCCGGGCCUCUGGCCAAGCACAGAGCCCCUCACCCACCAGCCCUGUUGCCAGAGGGGAAGCCUUCUGGGAGCCCUCCUUCCAGGAAUGUGGGGCCACUGUCCAGCCUGCCUCCCCUGUAGGCCCAUGGCUCCAGACGGGACAUCGGAGCUUAUCCGAUGAGCUUGGGACUCGCUGGGCCCCCCUGGCCGUCUGCUCAGGGGCUGCUGUGAAGCGGGCGCCAGCAGGAUGGACGGACUCUAGGCUGGGCCUCUGCAGGGAAGGGCGGCCUCCGGAGAGCGAGCAGCCACCCCACGAUCAUGGGAGCUGUGGGUGCGGACAGGUGGGCCAGUAGGGGGCCUCAGCUGGGCCUUGCCAGGCCACCGUGCAGCCCCUCCAGCCAAGGAGACUCCUGAAAGUCCCCACCCGACGUGAGGAUGUGGGUCUGGGAGGUGUCCGGGGCCACCUGCACAGGGACUUCGUCCUAACCAGCCCGCAGGGCACAGGCAGCUCACAGAUGAAUUACACUUAUUUGUACAUAAACACCUGGCUUUUCUACAGACUCCAGUGGCUUCUGUUCCCACGGGGUCAGCCCUGGAGGAGCCAACUGUACUGGGGUGUUCAGACAAGCCCCACUGUGCUAAGUCUGCUGUUGGGGGAAGGAUCCGGGGCACUGCUCAGAGCCCAGCGGGGCACAGAGCUCACAAGCAGACCGAAGGCCGUGCCCCACGCUCUUAGGAGACCCGGAGUGUUGCCCUUCCCUUGGGAGCUCAGCUUCCUCCUUAAGAUGAACCUGCAGCCAGCCCUGCCUGAAGGGCCAUGAAGGCCACAGAUGGACACAGGCCCAGACAGCGCAAGGGGCGCAGACGGAGCAUGAAGCUUGAGCCUGCCUUCCCCCGGCCUUCUCUCUCCUGUGUGCCAGGCUGGUGCCUGGGGAGACCCCUGAGGGUCAGAAGAAAUGCAGCCCGGCCCUGGCCAGAGCGGGGGCUGCCCCGCAGCCUCCCUGCUCCCUAGGCCUGCAGACCUAGCACUCAAGGCCACAGCUUCUCUGAAGGCCCCACCGGGCUGCCUGGCGAGAUAAGCCAGGCCGCCACCCGGCCACCCAGCUCAAGAGCACCACCCCCCCACACUGCCCUAUCAUGCCAUCCCGGCUGCGGGACCAUGGUGGGCCACACUCCGGCACAGCCGGCUCAGUCAGCAGCUCUGGGAGCAACCAGGGCAGGAGGUUGUCUGGAGGACUCAGAGGGGGCCAGUGCCAGACCCCCUGUGGGCAAAUGGGGGUGUGGCCCUGCAGGCCUCUGCCUGGGGAGGGUCACCCCAUUAGGGCCCCAGUUGCCUAAACCAUGUGCAUGGGGAAUGUGGGCUGGGACCCCCUUCCAGUGACCACACGCAGUGCGGGCUCCUGGUUAGAAGGCGCCUUCAGCACAGGCCCCAGCAGCCCCGUGUGCUGUGUCCACAGUGUGCUGAGGGCGGGGCCCGGACCCCAGCCUGCCCUGAAUCCUCACAAGCCUGGGGAAAGGGGCCUGAUCACACAGCCGGCAAGAGACAGACUAGCCCCACAGAGGCAGCUCCUGCACUUGUCCACAGACCUCUGUGGGAUGAGGCCCAGCUUCUCCUUCAGACACAAAGUCAGGCCGUGCCCCACCACCCACAGGUAGAUCAGUCGCCCCCACCUCACUGGCUUCGUCCUCCCCGGGGAGGAGGGGGAGUAUGGGCGCUCUCGAGGAGGGAGGCACGUCUUGCCAUCCAUGACGACAAAGGGGGCUCCCAGUUCUCGGCCCCACCGCACAGGGCCUUUCCCAGCCUCGGCGCUCUCACCUGGGAAAUGGUCGCAGCAAUCCACCCCAAAGGAGGCAGCCCCGAGAGACGGACGACUGGGCCGGGAGGAGCAGCAGCCUUCGCCAACUUCCAAGGGGCUCUGACAGGGCUGGGGUCCAGGCCUGCCCUAGCUCCAGUCACUGGGCCACCGUGCAGAGCUCUCGCAGGGGGAGCAGGCCUGGCCAUGUAGGGGGCCACAGCGACCCCACAGGGCUGGCACACUCCACUCCCCACCCAUUUCACAGAAGGGAGCCAGCGGACUGGAAAGGGAGGGAACAGGCCCCCUAGAGCCUACCCUACCCCACCCCACCCGAGCUGCUGCUGGCAAUGACCGUGGGCGUGAGCGGUCCCAUCAGCUCAGGCAGAGGUGAGGCAGGAGGGGCAGCGGGUCUUGGAAAGCCCGAGACCUGGCCUGCAAGUCUGCCCUCCUGCAGAGGCUGAGGCCAAGUGCUGACAUGUCUGCCCCUCAGAGGGACGGGGGUGGGGAAGGCCCAUGGGGAAUGCCGGCUUGCAGGACAGCCUGCUUACUUUAGGCACCCUGCUGUCUACCCCAGGCCAAGUGUCUGUCUCCGCACCUGCGGCAGGACCUGGCCCAAGAUUGGGGCACAUACCACCUGGUGGGGGCGGGGAGGGGAGCCAUCGGAGCUGGAGAAGGCUAUGUCCGAAGGCUAGAGGCUCCCGGUUGGGGCAGACAGAGCACUUGGGAAUUGGGCCCACCAUUUGGAAAGCCAGCCCAGCCGCCUCCACGGGCCUGACCCCCUCCCCACUUCAGGGCUGUCCUGAUGGACCUCGCAGGUGAGGACCACCGAGUGGGGCGGGGGGCAGGACAUGGAGGCGGUGGCAAGCCCCUCACAAACAGCGGUGCCCUGCACUCAGGGACUUGACACCUCCUACCCCCGCACCAACCACACAACCAGGCAGGUCUGAAACCAGAAAACUCUUUAUUGCAAAGGUACAAAAGCGUCACGGCAGAGAUGUACAGCAAUAAAUUAGGUGGUGGCCGUGAGGGGACAGGGCAGGCGCGGGGCAGGCGCGGGGCAUGUGUCGUACGGACGAGGACCACGACGUGGGGUCUCUUCUCAAUAAUUUAUACCAUGAUAAAAGUAG